UAGCAAAUAAAGGAAAACUAGACUUAAUAAGAAAGUACAAAGACGAUAUCCAAAUAUGUCAACACCAAAUAACACAGUGCAGUGACCCCACAACACCAACAGAGGAUGUCACCCACACUUCAGAGCCCACAGCACCAACAGAUGACGUCACUCACACUUCAGAACCCAUAGCUCCAACAGAUGAUCUCGCUCGCACUCCAGGGUCUGUGACACCAACAGAGGAUGUUGCCCACACUACAGAGCCCACAACACCAACAGAGGAUGUCACCCACACUUCAGAGCCCACAGCUCCAACAGAUGAUGUCACUCACACUUCAGAGCCCACAGCUCCAACAGAUGAUCUUACUCACACUCCAGGGCCUAUGACACCAACAGAGGAUGUUGCCCACACUACAGAGCCCACAACACCAACAGAGGAUGUCACCCACACUUCAGAACCCACAGCUCCAACAGAUGAUGUCACUCACACUUCAGAGCCCACAGCUCCAACAGAUGAUCUUACUCACACUCCAGGGCCUAUGCCACCAACAGAGGAUGUUGCCCACACUACAGAGCCCACAACUCCAACAGAUGAUCUUACUCACACUCCAGGGCCUAUGACACCAACAGAGGAUGUUGCCCACACUACAGAGCCCACAACACCAACAGAGGAUGUCACCCACACUUCAGAACCCACAGCUCCAACAGAUGAUGUCACUCACACUUCAGAGCCCACAGCUCCAACAGAUGAUCUCACUCACACUCCAGGGCCUAUGGCACCAACAGAGGAUGUUGCCCACACUACAGAGCCCACAACUCCAACAGAUGAUGUCACUCACACUCCAGGGCCUAUGACACCAACAGAGGAUGUCACUCACACUACAGAGCCCACACCACCAACAGAGGAUGUCGCCCACACUCCAGAGCCAACAACACAAACAGAGGAUGUCGCUCACACUCCAGAGCCAACAACACAAACAGAGGAUGUCGCUCACACUACAGAGCCCACAACACCAGCAGAGGAUGUCACUCACACUCCAUGGCCUAUGACACCAACAGAGGAUGUCACUCACACUCCAUGGCCUAUGACACCAACAGAGGAUGUCACUCACACUACAGAGCCCACAACACAAACAGAGGAUGUCGCCCACACUCCAGAGCCAACAACACAAACAGAGGAUGUCGCUCACACUCCAGAGCCAACAACACAAACAGAGGAUGUCGCUCACACUACAGAGCCCACAACACCAGCAGAGGAUGUCACUCACACUCCAUGGCCUAUGACACCAACAGAGGAUGUCACUCACACUCCAUGGCCUAUGACACCAACAGAGGAUGUCACUCACACUCCAUGGCCAAUGACACCAGCAGAGGAUGUCACUCACACUCCAUGGCCAAUGACACCAGCAGAGGAUGUCACUCACACUCCAUGGCCUAUGACACCAACAGAGGAUGUCACUCACACUACAGAACGCACAACACCAACAGAGGAUGUCGCCCACACUCCAGAGCCCACAACACCAACAGAGGAUGUCGCUCACACUACAGAGCCCACAACACCAGCAGAGGAUGUCACUCACACUUCAGAGCCCACAACACCAGCAGAGGAUGUCACUCACACUCCAUGGCCUAUGACACCAACAGAGGAUGUCACUCACACUACAGAGCCCACAACACCAGCAGAGGAUGUCACUCACACUCCAUGGCCUAUGACACCAACAGAAGACAUCACUUGCACUCAAAAGCCUACUGCACCAGCAGAGGAUGUCACAGCAGAAUACAUCUGGGAUGUCACUGUCCCUAACUUUAAACAGACUUGCCACUCUGAAUUUCAAGAUUCAGAUUGCCUAUCUGUAUUACAAGAUUCAGAUUGCCUAUCUGAAUUACAAGAUUCGGAUAAGGACUAUGUACCCAGCCAUAUCAACAUAUCUGAAAGUGAUGUGUCGAUGUCCGAUUCAGAAGACUUUGUACCUGACAGUUAUGAUGAGGGGGAGAUGUCAGAUGUUUAUAUGAAUUUAGGAAAUAUGGCCAGCACGGAAUCUGGAUCAGAUAAUAACUUUGGGAUUCAAGUGGUGACAAGUUCUCCAACAUCUGCAAGUAAACAAAAAGCGAUGGAAAGCAACAAAGAAGGAUGCAUAAUAAUAGAGUUUGAAUCAGAUGCCACUAAAGUUCCUCUGUUGGAGAGUCAGCUUAAAGAAGAAGAAAAAUUGUAUGACACUUUGUAUCCAGAAAUGUACAUAAAAAAGUUUACAAAGAAUAUAGAUUCGAAGCAUGGACGUCCUUAUGAUAGAAGACAUGCCUGUUACAUUUGUGGGAAACUAAAGACAAAUAUACAAACACAUUUAGAGCACAGCCACAGAACAGCAGAGGAAGUGAAGAAAUGUAUGGAAAUAAAAACAGAAAUUGAAAAAAUAUCUGAUGCCACAGACAAAAAAGCAAAGAAAGCGGAGUUACAUAAUUUACAAACUUUUAUUAGAAACAAAGGAAACAACAUUCAUAACACCAAGGUAUGUGAGCAGAAAAAGGGCGAGAUUCUUCUCGCAAGAAGAACCUGCAUUUUUGACAGUUCAAAAAACGGGCCGUGUCCUAGAUGUGAGGAGUGGAUCAUUUUGGACAACAUCAUGAAACACGAGACAAGUUGCUCAGGAAAAGAAGUUUCUUUAAAAGGACCAAUUUGUCCUCCGAGACCUAUAGAGGAUAUGAACAAAGGGUCAAAGAUUGUGCAGUCUAAAGUUAUGAAGGGACAGAUAACUACACGCCCAUCAAAAAAACUGAAAAAAGAGGUAUUUUCAUCAAUGAAGAGAGACGAUCUAACCGAGUGUGCCCAGACAGAUGACUUAAUUGUAGCAUUGGGAGAAGUGUGGCUGAUGGAAAACGUGGGAAAUCGCAUUCGUAGGAAGAACUUUACAAGUUUCAGAAUGCGACUUGCAGCAAGGCUUUUGUUGUUGAUAAGGGAACAAUUACAUUUAAAAGAUGCUUCAAUGAGCAGUGUUCUUGUACCUAAAAACUUCGACACAUUUGUUGAGUGUACCUUGAAGGCAUGUGAUGAGAACUCUGAGAAUGAGCUGCAGAAUCCAAGUACAGCUAUAAAGCUAGGGUAUGGCCUAUCUCGUCUUUCAUCCCUGAAGUUAGGGUUUAGUAUUAAAGAAAGCAAUGAAUUGUGCAAACAAGAAGCAACAGACUUUCUACGUCUACUUCAACUUGAAUGGGGAGUUAAAGUGACAAAACUGGCACGAGUGACCCUAGAAGAGAGGCAUUUCAACAAAGAGAGCACCCUUCCACACCCAGAUGACAUUGUACAACUUGCAUCUUACCUAGUGAAACAGUUGGAAAGUUUAGAUCUGUCAACACCUGAUGAAGCAACUUUCAGAGAGGCCGUCUUGUUGACGCAGACCAGGUUGCUGUUAUACAACAGUAGACGUCCAGGGGAACUGGAAAGCUUGAGAAUUGAAACAUACUUGAAGAGAGCUUCACUGGACGAGGCAGACCUUUCUCUGAGACGAUCUUUGACAGAAUUUGAAAAAUCUUUACUGGAAAGUCAAGAUCUUGUGGAGAUUCGUGGAAAGACUGGAAGAGGUUUACCUGUUAUUAUACCAGAAGAAACAAAGAGAGUACUGGAGUUUCUGUCCAACAGCAGCUGCAGAGACAAAUGCAGUAUACAGGCAGAAAAUCUGUUCAUGUUUGCAAACAAAAGCACAGGUGUUGUUCGAGCAGGUGAUGCAUUAAAUGAGAUAAAGGAAAGACUUGGAUCAAAACUAAAGCAUCCAAAGAGACUCUUAGCAACAAACUUCAGAAAACACACGGCUACGAUUGCCCAGGUGUUGAGUUUGGGAGAUAAUGAACUUAAAUGGUUGUGCAACCAUUUGGGUCACACAAUGCGCAUCCAUGAACAAUACUACAGGCAAACAUCGGGGCUAAUCGAGAGGAUUGAUAUAGCAAAACUGAUGAUCAUGAAAGAGCAUAACUUGGUAGGAAAAUUCAGUGGUAAAAAGCUCUCGGAAAUACAACUUGAUGACCUUGUAGAGUAUGAAAAGCCUUCUAAGGAAACGGAGCAAAUUGAUGACAUUCUGCCUGAAGAUAUCAUCAAUGAUGAUGAUGGAGAAAUAAACAGGAGAAAAACACCAAAAUCUGUGAAAAGGAUAAGGUGGACCAAAAAAGAGGAGGAAGAGAUUACCUCAUACUUUGAAAAGUACUUUUCCGGAGAAAUUGAAAAGACUUGCCCAAGCAAGUACCAUUGCAAGGCAGCUAUUACAAAAAGUAAAGAAGCCAAAGGGGACCUCCACAAAAGGGAUUGGGAAACAUUAAAAAAAAAGUAUCAAACAUGCUAAUCAAGAAGAGAGCAUAUAAGAAAGACUGAUUAAAAACAGUCAAUGGCAGAUUUUCUGAUAAAAUAGCAAAUUACUUGUAGGAUUCAAACUUGGAUGUAUUUUAAAAUAUAUGCUGUAUGCAGUAAAAUAGAUGAAAAGGGCAACAAACAAAAAGUUUUGCACAUAAUUAAAAAAAAAAGUUUGAUUUUUAAUUAUUGUAAAGUCUAGAACAGUAUACAAUUGUGUGACUUGUAAUAUUGACUUAUCAUUUCCUGUGUGAAUAACACUCGAGUGGUUAACAUCAAGUGUUGCUUUUGUCGAAGAAAAUUGAGAGGCAAAUUUUGAUAGACAUCGUUUAUAUUGUCCAGGACAUUAAUUAAGAGGUAUUCAUUAUAAAUCUGUUCCUAGAUGAGACACAUUUUGUUUAUCUGUUCCUAGAUAAGUCAAUUCCAUUAAAUGAGGUGUUGAGACAAAGCAGGAAUAUCUCAAAUUUAGUAUUGUGAAUGUUGCACGUUACAAUUGUUCUAAUUUGAUACAGCAUCUAGAUCUGCUUAGUUUAUAACAGCUUGGUACAUGAUCACAUAUAUAAUUAUGUUUUGAUAUGACUUGAGCGUAAUUCUCAUGAAUGCUAAAUAAUUACUGUAUAAAGCGACAAAUUGUUUUCUUUAAUUGUGUGAGGAGAGAAAGUUGUUUGGAAAACAGAAACUUUUGUAAACAUGUGAAUUAUAUUUGUCAUUUCAACUUUUUUUUUAUUUACCUCAUAGCUAAUAUUCUUAUUCUUUCACAAAAAUGAAAGAUUAAAUGGAAGGAUAGAGAAUUAGUCCCUGUAAUAUAAUCAUGCCAAGGAAAGAAAGUUUUUCGUUAUAUCUUGACCAUUUUAUUUCCAUUUUUUAGUGGGAUGAUGUAGAGUAGCAUUUCGGAAGACUGCAUAAAUCACAUAACAAUAUUAAAAUGUAAACAGUGAUGUUUGUUCCAAUAUAUAUUAAUUCCUAAUCUUAUGGACAAUUCUGUACUUCUCAGUUCGUAGGUGAGCUACACUUGAGUCUAUAAGGAUUAGGCUUAAUAUUGUCCAAGACAUUAUGAGGUAAAAUUGGAUAUUGUUAGCUCCUAUUCAUAGAGACACUGUGUUACCUCUCACUUCCUAGGUGAGCUAAACUUGAGUCCAUAAUAGUUAGGUGUUUUGUCCAAGACAUUGAGAGGUAAAACUGGAUAUUGUUAGCUCCUAUUCAUAUAGACACUGUGUUACCUCUCAGUUACUAGGUGAGCUACACUUGAGUCCAUAAUGAUUAGGUGUUAAUAUUGUCCAAGACAUUAAGAGGUAAAUUUGGAUAUUUUUAGCUCCUAUUCAUAUAGACACUGUGUUACCUCUCAG